AUGAUAAAAGUGUCGACACAUCGUAUGGAUAAUACCCACAUGCAACGCUCUAAUCCACGUAACCUUAAUCGUUCCAACUCUUCGUCCACGAAUCAACGAUCUUCCAACGCGACCUCGAACAACUCUUGCUUAAGCGACCAGACGCUGUCUACACAUACGCUUUCAGCACCGAAAUAUGAUUUUCAUAUUUUAAAAAUCGGCUUUCUGAAAGAAGUUACUCAACUACCAUACCGGAAGAAUUCUAUUAGUGACAGCGUGCCCACAACGCCUGUUACGACUACACCCAACACCAUUCCUCCAACUUCAGACGCCACAUCAAACAACGCUAAUACGGCAAACGGCCAGAAUGCGAUUAGUCAAUUCUUCGCUAAAGCCUUCCCGAAAAUUAGUUAUGUCCAAAUGGAUAAACUUCAACAAAGAGGUAUACAAGCAUACAAAGACACACAGUGUCAGCUAGCGAGGAUUGGUGAUGGGGUUACGCAAGAGGCACAAGAAAUCUUCGAUGCAUUAAGUAAAACACUACCGUGCCGAUGGGCUAAGGAUACCAUCGUGGUUCUCGAUGAAGUGGUUAUUACUCCUCCAUACAAUGUUGAGAAUUGUAGGGCUAAUUCAAAUGCUGCUGGGUCAUUAGAACGUGUUAAGAAAGUGUUGGAAGGUGAAAAGCGACGAUUGGCGAGUGUUCGUCGGCAGGGAUCGGCGGCGUCUGUAUGA